AGUUAUUUGAGAAGUACUACCACCAAUGCACCGCUCAUUAUGUACUGUAUGUAUCUUCAUUAUCACUCUAAGGUGUGUGGGAUACAUUUUCCUGACGGACAACCUACAAGAGAAAACCCCUAUCCUGUGUUGUCUAUGGGCUAUGCAUUUCAUGUAACACCCGCUAGACCUCCCCCCAAAAGAAGAUGUCUUCAGCCAUUACACCUGAACUCAACUACUGAACCUGAACCUGAACCUGAACCUAUGGAAACUGAUGUGGAUGUUGAGAAUUUGGAGAAUAUACCUCUGAAGACAUGUGAUGUUGGAACCCAGUGGCCAGAUCACAUAGAGCACAACUACAGUUUCAACUGCAGUGGCAAGUCAAUGAAGGACUGUGGCACUCAAACAGAUCCAACACCGUCAGUAUCAGCACAUCAUUUAAAUAACAAAGACUUCAUAUUUUUUACUGGUUUAUGUGCGGACAGUUUCUGGCAACUUUUGCGAGUCUUGUUGACGUUUUGCUCUCAACCACUUAGUACCAAAUUGGCCGUCCAUGAACAAUUGUUGCUUGUUUUAAUGAGACUCCGUUUGGGUUUAUUAUUUACUGACUUGGGAAAGCGAUUUGGGGUGAGUCGAAGCACGGCAUCUACAAUAUUUACAUUUUGGAGGCCAAUCCUUGCCAAAUUCAUGAGGGAAAAGGUGAUUGCUUGGUUGCCCAGGGAUACACUGAACAGAAUCAGGCCCAAGUCAUUUCACAAAAACUAUCCUAAAGCCACAUGCAUAAUUGACUGUACAGAGGUCUAUGUACAAAGGCCAAAAAACUUAAGAAAAAGAUCUCAAACAUAUAGCAAUUACAAACACCAUAACACAUACAAACUGCUAUACUGUAUAGCCCCCAAUGGCUAUGUCAUGUUUGUGUCGAAGCUUUUUGGUGGAAGGGCCAGUGAUAAUUUUAUCACAAAGAACAGUGGUUUUGUUCAUCACCUGAUCCCUGGUGAUGAGAUUUUGGCAGAUCGCGGAUUCACCAUCAUGGAUAUAUUGCCUCCAGGAGUGAGUCUAGCCCUUCCUGCAUUCACACGCGGACGUAAGGAGCUGUCUGAACAUGAGGUGACAUCCACACGUCGCCUAGCUAAUGUCCGAAUUCACAUUGAGCGAGCAAUUCGAAGGCUGAAGGGUUUUAAGAUGUUGUGUAAUGUUAUGUGUGGCAGGUUGCAAAGUGUCGAUGAGAUUGUAAUUAUUUGUGCAGGGUUAUGUAAUUUACAACCUCAGCUAAUCCGUAACAGUACUGAAUGAAGAAGAGACACCUGCAAUGGAUGUGUAUGUGGGCUCUUCUCAUUCAUCUUUUUUAUCUAUCCUCCCUACCUUCCUUCCUCGGUCCUCCUUGAAUUUCCCCUUGGGCAUACAGUAUAUCUAUUGUUGCCGCUCCAUCAUUCUUUAUAUAGAUCAGUGAAGGACAGAGGAAGGAAGGGAGGAUAGAUAGAUAAAAAGACGAGUGAGAAGAGCCUUGUGUGUCUGAGUGUGUCAUGGGAUACUUUGUUAUUGGAAAGUGUGAGUGUGAUAUGGUUAAUUUUGUAUGACUUUUGUCCUUAGGCUAAAGAAGGUCACAGUAUACCAAAUGGUUAUUUGUAUUUCAGAAAAAUCUAACAAAUCAAUCAACAGUUUCAGACAGAAUUGCAAAUAGUUGAAAUGCACAGGUUUCAACUGUAAACAACAACACAUGUCACAACUCUCAUAUCAAAUUGCCAUAACGAUGCAAUGCAGUUGUAAACAGUGUACAGUUUUAAAAAAUAAACAUGUUGAACUCUU